UAGUUUCAUAGUGGGGCUGAGUACAUUGGGUACUUUUUCUUCCAUUCUUGAGAUACUUUACUAAGAAGAAUAUGUUCCAGCUCCAUCCAUGUAAACACGAAAGAGGUAAAGUCUCCAUCUUUCUUUAAGGCUGCAUAAUAUUCCAUGGUGUACAUAUACCACAAUUUAUUAAUCCAUUCGUGGAUCGAUGGGCACUUGGGCUUCUUCUCAAUUUACGAUGUUAAUAGGCAUUUUGCUAGGGCCAGACACUGUUGUGUCAGCACCAAAGUGUUUAUCAAGGGAGCUUUUUCUCCUCCUAUAAUGAGCUUGAUAUCGAAAACAGGCUUUGUUUUUCCCAAGAUCCAGCUAAUAAUAGUAUUUAGGAUGUGCCAGGUGCUCUGCUAAGUGUUUUACCAAACUCUUACUUUCUCUCAUUUAAUAAACCUCAAAAUGAUCUCUCCACUAUAUGAAAGACAAAAACCAGGAGUAUCAGAAUUUGCCCCUCGUCUUCAGUGGUCCAUGCCUGGUAGAACUAGACUUGAAGUCUGUUGCUUUUAUAAUGUCACAGUCCUGGGUGUCAUAACCCACUCCUUUACCCAGUUUAAUAAGGUUCUUUUAUUUGCAAUAUUUACAAAGCCCUAGGGAAUUCUUUAGAGCCUCUAGGUCAGUGGUUCGUGACCCCUUUGGACUGUAUUAAAGGUUUUUGGCAUCAGGAAGGUUGAGAACCACUGCUCUAGGUUUUCCCUCCAGCUUUGCCCAGAUUAGCAAAUCUCCUAGAAAUAGUGAGAUUCUCUGGCAAAUUUCCAAGCUUUUGAACCUCUUUAGAGUUUAAAGAGUAUUUCAGUUAUGGAAAUGUCCCCUGCGAUGCAUGAAUGUUAGUUAUAUAUCCAAAUAACUAAGAAUGCUGGGCCUCUAGCUUCUUACUUCCUUGGAUUUACAUGGCAUCCCUGAGCACCUGUACCACUCAGCUGAGCAGCAGCUUUCAGCUCUCCUAGCCUCUGUUGGAGUCAUCAUUGUGUUCUCAUUAGACGUAGGUAUUUUCUCUUUUUUAAAGAUUACCUUUAAGAAAACAUUUUGUAUUUUGGCAGUUUUGGUUUCCAAAAGAUUUCCUUUAUAAGGUGAACAUUCAGACGUUCUGAGUAUUCCCUAUGUGUUCCCUCUGACUUCUUGAUAUUGUAUCUUGGUUCUCCCUUCUUCCUUCCUUAAAGAUUGUGCUGUUUUUCUUAUUCUCCGGCCCCUUCUCCACUUUAAAAUUAAAGAGCAGGACCUGAGAUAUUCCAAGAUAUUUCCCUUUUUCUCCCCAGCUCAUCUAGAUCCAGAGUGUGCUCAAAGGUUUGCCAGGAUUGAGAUUUUACAUUCUAUAAGCGGAUCUAGGUUUAUUGUCAUUUCUUUUCACUAGACUCAUUUAUAUCUAAUUUUUAAUUUCUGCUUUUUUCUUUCUCGUCCUAUGCAUUUUAUUUGUUUGUUUAUUUGUUUUGAGACAAAGUCUCACUAUGUUGCCCUUGGUAGAGUGCUGUGGCGCCACAGUUCACAGCAACCUCAAACUCUUGGGUUCUUGCCUCGGUCUCCCAAGUAGCUGGGACUACAGGUGCCCGCCCCCCCCACGCCUAGCUAUUUUUAGAGAUGAGGUUUCGGCUCUGGUUUAGGCUGGUCUUGAACUGAGGUCAAGUGAUUCACCCGCCUUGGCCUACUAGAGUGCUAGGCUUACAGGAAUGAGCCACUGCUCCUGGCCUGUUUUUUAACCUCUCUCUCUGUUGCCCCAGGCUAGAGUGCCAUGGCAUCAGCCUAGCUCACAGCAACCUCAAAUUCUUGGGCUUCAGGGGUGAUCUUGCCUCAGCUUCUGAGUAGCUGCGCUACUGGCACCUGCCCUAAUGCCCAGCUAGUUUUUCUGUUUUUAGUAGAGAUGGGGUCUCUUCUUGCUCUGUUGGUCUGAUGAACUCCUGAGCUCAUGGAAUGCUCCUGGCUUGACCUCCCAGGGUGCUGUGAUUACAGGUGUGAGCCACCACACCUAGCCUGUUGUCCUAUAUGUUUUAAGCCCACACUCUGUUUUCUUCAUUUGGAAACUAGUUCUAGUAGUUUCUCUACAACUAUUUUAAUAACAUGCUUUGUACUUAACUCAUCUGUAAAAUGGGUGUAAUGCCAGUCUUUACUAUAUCAAAGCAGUGUUGAGGAGCAAAGGAUCACUCAUCUAAGCACAUUUGGAAAACAACAACAAAAAAAGAUUGAGCUGUGAAAAAGUAUUACUUGUGGGUGGCGCCUGUGGUAGGGUGCCGGCCCCGGCCAAAUUGCAACAAAAAUAGCUGGGUGUUAUGGUGGGUGUCUGUAGUCCCAGUUACUUGGGAGGCUGAGGCAAGAGAAUCACCUAAGCCCAGGAGUUGGAGGUGGCUGUGAGCUGUGACGCCACAGCACUCUACUGAGGGCAUUAAAGUGAGACUCUGUCUCUAAAAAAAAGAGAGAGAGAGAGAGAAGGUAUUACUUAUAAUUGAUUUAAUGUCCUUUAUUUCAAGCAAUUUCAGUGUUUUCUUGGUGUUGGUUAUAAUAGGAUUUGCUGUGUAUCCUUUUCAUCCCUUUAGUCACCAUUUUUUUUUUUUUUUGGAGACAGAGUCCCACUUUUUCACCUUGGGUAGAGUGCUGUGGCGUCAUAGCUUACAGUAACCUCAAACUCUUGGGCUCAAGUGAUUUCUUUUGCCUCAGUCUCCCAAGUAGCUGGGCCUACAGGUGCCUGUCACAAUGCCCGGCUAUAUUUUAGAGAUGGGGUCUCACACUUGCUCAGGCUGGUCUGCAACCUGUGAGCUCAGGCAAUCUACCUUGCUCGGCCUCCCAGAGUGCUAGGAUUACAGGCAUGAGCCACCACGCCUGGCUUUCCUUUAGUCAUCUUUUGGAUUAUUCUGCAAACCUUCCCCACAUUUUCUGUGGAUGUCAUUGAAUGUUGUAGAAUCCUGGAGGGUCCAGAGUGAGCUGUAAAGAGCUUUUCCCACAUACCUCUACUCAGUUCACUGUUAGCCUUUCUUCAUGGGAUGGACUUUCCUUGCCAUCAGAGUGGACUCAGAUACAGGCAGUUAGCAGGUAAGUCUUUCGGAGCCCAGCACUCCCGCCUGCGGUACCUCUUGGUUUUCCCUGAGGCAUGCUGAUUGCUCCUGGGUCUGUGGAGCUGCUGCUCUGCUGCUUUCUCCAGUGACCUCAGAGACCCUUUUCCUAUGCUAGGCUGACAUAAUCAAAUGGUCUCAAGGUCAUCUGGGGCCAGUCUUGGAGCUGUGAACCCAGGCUGUGUCAGAGGAAGCUUGGCUUAAAUAUGAAUUGACCUGUCAGAGCAGAAUCCCAUAUCUCGGAGGUCCUAGAGUCACCUGCGGAAGAUAGGUGAAACUUGACAUGUAGUACUCACUGCCUCUCCAACAUGGUGAUGAAAUUUGGGAUGAUAAAACAGGAGUGGUUUUAAAGAUUGCUGUAUCUGCUUGUAUAGAUUUGGGGGCUUGAUACAAUGGUCCUAACAGAUCUAAAGUCUGAUUCUAGUGAUAUGUCUGGGCAAAUACAACCUCUCAGAGCUUUUUUCCACCUAUAAAAUGAGAAGAGAGAAACCUACCAGAAAAGUUUCUUUAAGCAUUUAAGUGAGGCCCCUCUCAAUCAGUGCCAGCUCCUGUGUGUUCACACUAAUCUCUAUAUCCAUAGAGGAGAGGAGAUAGAAUUGGGGUGUGAUGGAUGCAGAGGAGAGGGGGGUCACAAAGGAAUGAUUAGUAUGGGAAGGUGAUGAGAGCUAUAUUUGUACACCAUGGCUAAGCAGUGACAAGAAAGCAGAGAGGUGUAAAUGCCAAGGUAGGGGUUGAGAAGCAGGGAGGUUGGGGAAAAAACAGGGCCAGCCAGAAAUGGAGAGUCCCUGUCCUGUGUGUCAUGCUCCUGGCAGCUGGGGCAUGACAGCCAGCUUCUCCUGUGUGUCUGCCCUUCUAGGAUAGUGAUCCACAGAGCUGGCAGGCCUUGCUGAGCUAGAUACGUGCAAAGUAGUGGUAGCAGUAGCUUCUGUCACACUGUUCAGUGUCCAGGGAGGGAUUCAGAGUCCAGGGCUUGGUCUGUACCCAGUACUUCCAUCAUUCACUCAUUAGUGUGAGUGAGAUGGUUAACACCCACGGCAGCAGGGAGUUGUCUUUGUCCCACCUCCUGUGUCUCUGGACAUUGGUGUUAAGUAAACGUUUAAGCAAAAAAGUAUAAUGUUUCUGGAGCACAUUGUCUCCCCCUGUUCAUUAAGUGACGCCACUUGAUCUAAAAGUUCUUUCUAAGACAAGUCUGGACAGUUCUUUUGGAGGAGGACAGAAUAAUGGGUGUGAAUAGGGCAGGUCUUUCAGAACUGCUUCCUGCCACAAAAUAAUUGUGCUAAAAUUUUUUAAAUUACUGGCUAGGUGUGGUGGCUGGCACCUGUAAUCCUAGCACCCUGGAAGGUUGAAGGAUAAUUGCUUGAGCUCAGGAGUUGGAGACCAGCCUGAGCAAGAAGAGACUGGAUCUCUACUAAAAAUAGAAAAAAAUUAGCCAGGCAUGUGGCAGGCACCUGUAGUCCCAGCUACAACAUAGGCUGAGGCAAGAGGAUUGCUUGAUCUUGGUUUGAGGUUGCAGUGAGUUAUGAUCACACCACUACAUACACUCUUAGCCUGGGUGACAAAGAUAGACUGUUUCAGAAAAAUUUUUUUUUGAAAUUAGUUGCAAGUGAGGUUCAACUAAGUCAGGCAACUUCUAUAUGGACUCCUGCUUCAGUGCUUUUUCUACUCCCUGACUCAGAGAUCUGCUUCCUGCUCCCUAGGCUAGGCCCUCCAGCAGGGCUCCCACUCCUCAGCGGUAGUUACCUGUUCCAUCCUGAGAACCUGCUCAAACCUUUACCGAGAGCCUGGUCUGUGUGCUGCUGUGAGAGGCGAACAGGGCUUCCCCAGGGAGGACAGGGAUUAAUUUACGGAGCCUUCUGCUGUCAGGCACUUGGCAGGGCCCUGUAAUCAUGCCAGUAUAACAUGGUGCAGGGGUCCUCUCCCAGACUUUACCCUCACAAAGAGGCUGAGAGGUUGAAGUGACUACUUGGGGGGCUGAAAGCUGGUGGGAGUGGCAAGAGAGGGCCCGGGGAAGUGGCCCGCCCGUGCGGGGCCUAGAGACUGGAGCAGCGACGCCCACACGCGUAUGUGGGCGCCGUCGCAGGGGCCUCUGAGGAUGGUGCCUUGAGGGAGCCCUUGAGAGCCCCUGGCGGUGGGUCCCCGCUGUCGUGGGGCGGGCUCUGGCUCCUGGAGAGGCCCCGCCCCGGAGCGCUGGUUUAAAACCUAGAAGGCAGCGGGAGGCUCUGCAGCCGUGGAGCGGUGGAGCAGCCAUGGCCCGGCGGGCUGCCGGCGUUCAGCGGCUUGCUGGUCUCCUACUUGUCGCUCUGCUCGCUGCCGGCGUUGCCCCGCUCAGCGGGGCUCUCCCAGAGCCCUGUAGCCAGGCCGGCAAGAUCCGAGUACACCCGCGGGGCAACCUCUGGGCCACCGGUCACUUCAUGGGCAAGAAAAGUCUGGAACCCUCCAGUCUAUUUCCAUUCGGGACAGCUCCCCAUACUUUCUUGAGGGAUCAGAGACCACAGCUGAGUUACAGUCUGCUCAGGAUCCUCCUGCUAAAGAAAGCUCUGGGCAUGAGCCUCAGUGGCCCAGCACCCUAUACCCAGUACAGGACGCUGCUGAUGCAAAUACUGCAGAAGUGACGGCAAUACUGGGGCAGACACGAUAACAUUGUGCCCACCCAGGGAAGGUGGUGAAUAGGACCCUGGUGGUGGCCCCAUCUGGAUGUAAAU